AUGCAAAUGCUUAAACUUUAUAAUUUAUUUUUUUUAAUCAUUUUAUCAUAUAAUAUUUAUGGUCAAUAUAUAAAAUCAUUGCCGGACCAUUUGAAUAGAUUCAAGUUUCCUGUUAGAUAUCUUUCAGAAAAACAUUAUUUACCAAAUAUACUAUCAUCAUCAUCGUCGUCGUCGUUGUCGUCAUCGUCAAAGGAAGGAGUGGUAGUAGUUCCAGAAGCUUCUGUAGCACAACUAACUUCAUCAUCAUCAUCAUCUUCUUCUCUAGUGUUUCCAUCUUUUAUACAAACCAAACUUCAACGUAAAUUUUCAGAUUUUCAUGAUAAAUUUUAUUUUGAUGAUGCAUCAGCAUUAUCUGCUUCUAAUUCUUAUUCAUCAGAAAAUAAUCUUCCAUUGAGUAGUAAAACUGCUAGCAACAACUCAACUACUAUUACUACUACUAACAAUAAUAAUAAUAAUAAGAUUAUCAUUGAUGAAAUCAAUGAUAAUUUACAAACUUCCUAUUUAUGGAAUAAAGAACAAGAAUUAAAUCCAUACAGACAACAAAUAGCUCAACAAUCACGUUUACUGAAUCAAUAUUCUGAUAUUAAAAAAACAAAAUUUAUGAAAUUGCCUACCUCUUCAUCAUCUUUUCAAAAGCUUACAAUAUACCCUUCAUCAAUUAUACAAAGUAAAUAUAAUAAAAGUUUAUCAAAUUAUGUUGAUUAUCAAAAACAACAAUCAAAGUAUAAAACUCAGUUAAAAUGGCAGAAUCAACAAAAUCCAGUAAUUAAUUCAAUAAAAUUAAAACAGAAUACAAGUAAUGCAGAAGAGAAAGUACCUCAUAUUAAAGGACGUUGGUGCAAUGAAUUACUUAUUCGAAGUUAUAGAUCAAUGAACACAUGA